CCACAYACACAGUGCACCGACCGACGCCCGCGGCCAUAUUCCAUAGUUUUCCUGUCUAAACGUCCGUCCCGCCGCCCGGUACCUUCCUACGUCCAGAAUAUUUUCUAGCGCACCAUCCGUCAAGCAUUGCCAUCAAUUUCUUCGUCCCGUUACUGUCACCCACCACAUAACUCGUCUCCGUCGACAACGCUUGACUGCAAUCACACACAUACGCACGAAACCCGACGACAGACAGCCGCAAACAUGUCAGAUGAACAACCAAAGGAACAGCAGACUAACGGCACCAACGACAACAAUGGCGUCGAUCAAUCCAACCUAGAGGAACAAGUCAAAGAGGACGACAGGAAAUUAUUUGUUGGUGGUUUAAGCUGGGAAACAACAGAAAAGGAAUUAAAAGAACAUUUUGUUCAAUAUGGAGAAAUCACUAACAUAAGUUUAAAGACUGAUCCAGCAACUGGACGUUCCAGAGGAUUUGCUUUUAUAAUUUUCAAAUCUGUUGAUGGAUUAAAUAAUGCAUUUGCUGCUGGUGACCAUGUUAUUAACGGUAAGAAAAUUGAUCCUAAAAAGGCAAAAGCAAAACAAGAGAAGGUGUUUGUUGGCGGUUUACCAUCUGAUGUUACAAAUGAUGAAAUCAAAGAAUUUUUUGGAAAGUGGGGUGUUAUUGUUAACUUAGAAGUUCCCUUUGAUAAAAUGAAAAACCAACGCAAGGGUUACUGUUUUAUCACUUAUGAGUCAAGUGAUAAGGUGCAAGAUCUUUUUAAAACUGCCAAGCAAACAAUCAAAGGCAAAGAAGUGGAUGUUAAAAAAGCUGCUCCCAAGCCUGCUAAUCCAUAUGCUAACCCUAAAGCAAUGAGAGGACGAGGAGCAGCCCGUGGAGCAUAUGGGCCGUAUGCUGCACCAUACGGGACAUAUGGAGCUUACCCUCCUCAAGGAUAUGAUUAUUAUGGAGGAGCAACAUACCCAGGUUAUGAAGCUGAUUAUUAUGGUAGCUAUGGCUAUGCUGGAUAUGAUUAUGGUUAUGGAUAUGAAGCUCCACCAGCUCCUGUUUCUGCUACUAGGGGCCGAGCUGCAUUUAAUGGCGCUGGAAAAACAAKAGGAGCAUCUCGAGGAUCCGGUGCAAGACAUGCUCCAUAUUAAACUUUAAAUACCAUUUCUCCCUAAUUUUGUGUGUGUUUGUAUGUUCGAGUGUGUACACUUUAAAAUGACAUUAUCUUUUUUUAUAUAUAAACAAAUCAUUUUUCUUGAUGA